AUGUUUGUAAUUACGAAAUUUUUAAGUUUACUAAUGCUUUUUGUGUGCGCUCAAUACCAACUGAGCAGUGUAAAUGCAUAUGAUCCAAAUGAUACAAAAAUAGUUGAAUGCUGCCUUCCCCCCGAAGGAAUGUUUGAGGCGUUUUAUCCACGGGAAGUGGAGGGCAUUCCAAAUAGUGCUUCUCGACCCGCUCAUGGGCAUGGAAGCUUUUUUAAGCAUAGAAAUCCUGCACUGGUGGACACAAAAAAUGCUGCUGCCUAUGGAUAUCGUUUUGAUGGAAAAAGACGAUUCAAUUUUGAUUAA